GCACGAAGUUGGGCAGGGUUUUUUGCUAUUCACAAAGCUCUUUUGCGAACUUACACUGACUGACAGUGAUUCAGACUACGCCGUUUGCGUAUAUUUAAUCGUAGUAAUAAGCCGGUUGUCAUUCUGUACACGGAGUGUGGAAAAGAGGAAAAGAUGUCGAAGCGAAGGAUAACACAGGAAACAUUUGAUGCGGCUGUCCGGGAGAACAUGGAGGAGUUUGAGAUGGAUCCACAUGAGGCUCUGAGGGAUGCAGUGGAGCAGUUCGAGUCUCAGGGUGUGGAUCUCGGUUGCAUAGUGAAAGUUGUACCGACUACAUCAUCUGAUGACAAUCAAGAAGAGCAAACACAUGAAGUCUUACAGGCUUUAGAAUCUCUCCGGAUUGGUAAGGACACUGCCGCUUUAACUGACGUGACAGCGGACUUAAAAUCUUUCACCGAGCAGUGCUCACUUGGAUUUGCACAGAGGUACCUUGCUGCUCAGAAAGAUGCGUACCCCAUCAUCCUCUCAUUCUGCAAAAAGAGCGUGGAGGAGCAGGAUUUUGCCUCCGCUGCACUUUUUGCUCUGGCUGCAUUGACAGAUGGACAGCCAGACUUGUUGGACGAGGAAGGACGGCGGUUCCUUAUAGAUAUUCUCCAGAGAUACCAGGCGGAUUCCUUGGUGACAGGCGUCGCCAUCCGAGUGCUGCGUCACUGCUGCACUAAACACGAGCAGAACAGGCAGGAUCUGGUUAAAGAUGGAGUUCUGCCGCUGCUGACCGGUGCCAUAACACGACACAGUGGUAGUGCGGAGCUUGUUAAGGAGGCAUCGGCUGCUCUUAGGGUCAUGACCUUCGACGACGAUGUCCGAGUUUCAUUUGGGCAUGCUCACGAACACGCCAAGAGUAUCGUUCUUGAGCACAGUGGACUGAAGAUCCUAAUAGAGGCUGCAAAAUCUCACAUCGGCAAUACUUCUGUUCUGAGUGAACUGUGCGCAGCUUUAUCCCGACUGGCUGUCAGGAAUGAGUUCUGCCAAGACAUCUGUGAUCUGGGAGGAUUAAAAUUUAUGAUGACUUUACUUGCAGACAGCUAUGAGUCACCGGUAAUGUCAACAACCCAAAACAAAAAAAACAAGUCAUAUUCGAGUGUGUUUUUCUUCCUCAUUCUUCCUGAACUCUUUACUGUCCCUGCAGGAGUUGGCCGGCAGGUCCUUAGCGCCAUACGUGCAAUAGCAGGAAAUGAUGACGUUAAGGAUGCAGUUGUCGGUGCUGGAGGCGUCGACCUUAUUGUUAUUGCUAUGAACCGCCAUACAAACAACCCUGCUGUCUGUGAGCAGGGCUGUGCAUGCCUCUCUGUUCUUGCCUUACGAAAACCCAACAACUGUAAAGUCAUCAUGGAGAACGGAGGUGUGAUGGCCGCUGUUCAGGCCAUGAAGAACCAUCCCAAUGCUCUGAAUGUUCAGAAACAGGGCUGUAUGCUGAUAAGAAACCUGGUUGCAAGAACGCGUAACUACAGCCAGCAAAUCCUGGAGCUGGGAGCAGAAGCCCUGAUAACUCGGGCUGUGCAGACACACAAAGACUGUGGUGAUGAGGGCAAAGCAGCUCUCCGAGAUCUGGGAUGCAAAGUGGAGCUUCGAGAGCUGUGGACUGGGAAACAUGGCAGCAUUGCAUAUUAGGAGUGGAAUAAAACGGCAAUGCACAGGUUACAACUUUAAUUCCAACCAAAAAAGCUGUAAGGUUUUUCCACGGCAAAUAAUACAAACUAACCUACCUGGUGGGAAUAAAGCUGUUGAUACAGCUGCUUUAAUGCUGAUGAAACUUAAUUAAAAAUAUUCCCAAAAAAACAAAACAGACAUUUUAACCUUGUGAAAGUCACAGUAAAUAGAGGUUUGCACAUUUCUUUUAAUUUUAUUUUUUUAAUGUUUAUAAGAUGCACAUUUUUGUGCCUUCUGGCUAACUUGGCUGUGCAGCUUUUUUGGCUAAACCAUCUUUUAACAGUAAUUGAAUGCCUUGUACUUCUGUAGGUUUUUUUUUUUAUUUAUUUUUUUCCAUCAUCGAUUUCAUGGUUUCAUUUUUUACUCUCCCCGUACUGAUUAGCAUAUUACAUGACAGCUUGCUUCUGGUGAGCCUUUCUUAUUUUAUGUAGUGCGUAUUCUACAGAUUGAUAAACACAGUAAAUAAAACUGUAAAUCUAACAAAA